AACGCAGUAGGCCUGCUUGCAACGUACCUAUAGUUCAGCUUGCACAGGAAUUUGGGACCACUAGUCAAAGAGAGUAGGAGUGGGAGGAGCACGCGGGGUGUGAGUCGUGUAAUGAAAGGCUGCUGCUGCUGCUGCUACUGCUACUACACGGCACACUGAGAAUGGGCACAAUGAUGGGAACAAUUCGCAUCGGAGGCUAACGUGUGCGGUGGAAAAUGAAAGUAUCGUUGCACCGGCCGGACCGAAAUUCGUCAACUGCAUGAAUCCGCCGUAUAGAAUGCCUCCGCAGCCACUCGGGACGUAUGGUGUGCAAAAUGACCAUCCCAUCCCCGGUACAGCCGCAGGAACCGAAAGUCCACACCAGCUGAGUCCGCCCCUGCGAACACAUUCCAGCAAAUUUCCGAUCGAACGUGAGCUGGUGUUGUCCUCGAACAAGAACGCCUCCAAGAUUCCGUUGAUGCAAGAUAACCGAAACACAAGCAUUCCAUUGUUGAACCGUUCGUCAGUUUCCGCUGUGGGACCGGACCUGCCGACCAAGCAAACUCAGGCAUGGAAUCAAGCUCAAAUUGAGGUCAUCCAUUCAUCCAUUACGGGAACGAUCCCUCGUAACGCGGUCCGCCUGCCGGAGGAUAUUACAGCUCUAGCCGAGCGCGAAGGGCUCUCAAAAGAUAGAGAAACCGUAAAGAAAUCUGUUUCGAAAAAUUAUCAUAAACUUAAAGAUUUGAUUUCGUCCAAGUUCAAGAAGGACAGCCCGGACGGGGCUGAAGACGAGUUGAACAACGUCGCAUCGAUGCUUCAGCAUCAGCUCCAACAACAACAGCAACAGGACAGUCUCGGGUCAUCAUUCCUAAUGCCGGGGGUUAGCCAAGGCAACAACCUGAGCCACGCCCAGUCCAAUAUAAAUCUUUGGAGUUCAAAUACGAGGGGUGAGUCCCCGUUGUACUACCACAAGAAGUUUGCGGAUCCAGCAGAUGGCUACAAUGCUGAUUCACUGACCGGAUUCCGUAGUGUGAAAGCUGUGUCACAACCUCAGCUGAACACUGCUACGAUCGACGUCAAUAGAACUGUCCCCAACUUCCCCCACCAAAUGGAUGGUACGGACAGCGAUGACGGCGGAUUCCGUCAGCACAACAAUUCACGUGUUAACAUUCAAACCCCAGCUCAACAACACAGUCGUCAAUUGCAGCAGAACUACGUCCACAACUACCGUCACAAUCAUCCCCAAUCGGGACAGCUGACGCCUCAAAUGACCUCAGGAAAUUAUCAACAUACUCCUCAAUCCAGACACAAGAUCUUGGCUGAAUACUCCGAUAACCCCGUUCCGCUUCAACAGCAACAGCUUUCCCACGGUACAGGUCACAUGACAAUCAACAUAGGCGAAUCCAGCUAUAACGGUCACGAGCAGAUGGACAAAAACCAAAACCCUAUGGAUACCAGUGGUCCUUCAGUUGGUCCAAAACCUAUGCAGAAAACACCGAAUCCUUCCCACGUGGUGAACGGAAACCAGAACAGUAAUAAUACGGUGGUGCAGAUAGCUUCGGAUUCCUCCCACGUUGUGCAGAUGAAUUCCAACGGAAACAAGCAAAUUGAUUCCAUUUCGAGCUCCGAUUACGAUCGGAAUGGAAACCAUAGCUCAAAUGUAGAUUCUGGACGUGGAAGUGCUGCGUAUUCCAGUGGAAGAAAGGGAGCAGUUCAGCAACAGGUCAAUAUGAACAUGGUGGAGCAGGUCGAUAGAGCCCGAAGCAAAUCGGAAUCAGAAUGGAUUGACGUCGUUGACGCGGAGUUGCGCAACAUUCUCGAACCGGGCAUCAAAGGCAUGAUGAUCCGCCCGGAGAGCACCAUGUCGGAAAGUGCGUCUUCUAUGUCACCUCCGUUGCCUCCGCUAUCACCCGAUGGAGGUACGCCGUACCACACGACGGUCGGAGGUGGACCAAACAUCUCUCACAACAGGUCAGGGAACUCAAAACACCAAUCUAAACAGGAAUACGGAACGGAUACUUACAACCGUGCCAGCAAGAAACCUCAGCCGAUUGGACCCUCCAAGGGGCAGCCGUCGGUGAACACAAUACAGAACUAUAUGCACAAUCUCAAGCUGUCAUCGAGCAGCAAGAAACAUGAGCAGAACAUGCUCAAAAAACACCUAUUCGGCCUGGACACGGAUGGUGCUUCGGUAACCAACACAACCCGUUCGCUGGAUUUGGAAUCACUUCUCGGUGGUCCGUGGGACGCUGGUCAAUCAGUCAGUGAAUCGGAAACGGACGGUGGGCUGCAGCAGAUCCGUAACCAGCUGGAGGGUCUGGAAUCCAUGUACAGUGAGGUGCUAAAGAUGCUUGGCAAUCGUAUGGCCAGCAACGACAUUAAUCAACGGGCCAACCGUCGACGGCGACAUGGCAGCCUGUCGUCACUUCCAUCCAGUUCGGUUAGUGGUCGACCCAUACGGGACCGCAGACGAACAGAUGAACGCCGAAAGGUGCGAGAUAUCCGUGGCAUUAACAAACGCUUCCAGCGGUUGGAAUCGCACGUGGUCACCCUAGCUCGUAGUGUGGCUCAUCUGUCGUCGGAGAUGCGUUCGCAACACGUUGUUGCACAGGAACUGGAGGAGAUUCGGAACGAUAUGGCAAUCCUGCGGUCCCAGUCGAUGCACCAUAUUCCGUUGAAUGCGAGUACCGGUGCGGCUGCAGCUGCUGCAGGUGGCAAUGCGAGCACGAAGGAACCCAUGAACCUGACCAAUCCGAGACGGGUUAAGAAGUUGACCAAAUUCUUCGGAGAGGAUCCACCGUUGAUGAAGUUGUUCUUGAAUAAGCUCGGCUAUGAGAAAUACGCCUCCAUCUUCGAGAACGAACGGGUCGGAAUGAUCGAGCUGCCGUACCUAGGAGAGGAGAGACUGCAAAAGAUGGGCAUCCCGCUGGGGCCUCGGUUACGAAUCCUGCAGGAAGCUCAGAUAUCACUCUGCCGCGAUACCACGCUCUGCAUCGUGUAAAAUAAAUACAGAAGACUAUCUGUUCUAUAUUAUCAACUACUUACUCAUAUUCUGUAAACCUGAAGAAGCGCGACACAAACAACCGAGCCAAAGAGAAUCGUCGAUAAAGAAAUUUUCGAGAAACCCGCCCCAGUGCUAACCCAGUAACCUCCGUCCGCCUCCCCGAGACAAUAAUUUUACUGUAGUCUUAUUUUACUCCCAUGAAGCUUACAUUUAUCUGUGCGAAGUCGUUCCUCGGAACGCCACUGGCUCUCGUUUCCAAUACUCAACGGAAAUCGUUAGUUAAAAUACUGUUGAAAUAUACGAUUUUUAAUCAUCAUCGGAA